AUGGAGCAUGAAAUGGAAGUGAUGGAAGAAGGAGAGCGGCUGUUGGGUAAGCAGCCUGAGAAAGAAGCAGCAUGGGAACAGGCUUCCUUGCGAGAAAGUGCCAGUGUCCUGCUGAACCAGGGUGCUGUCCUGUGUCCCAGACAGAGAUCUCGACGGCGGCACGAUCCUGCGCGGCCCUGGAAGUCCCUGCCUCCCACUCCAACGGGAGACCUAGAGGCAGAUCCACCAGUUUUCUCCUCCAUGACCUCUCUCCAGGCUGAGGAGUUCUUCGAUAUGGUGGCGAAAGCUCAGGCCCGGAGGCUCAACGACCAGCGGGCUGAUUUUGCAGGGCCUGAAGGCACAAGCGGAGGAGAGAGUGUCGCUGUCUCGGAGGACCAACUCUAUGACACUAUCUUGGCUCAUCAGAGCCAGCGUCUGGAGGACCAGCGUACGGAGCCGCCUAUUCCGGUGGGUAUCCAGGGGCUGCUGGAUUUGCUGCUCAGAGCUCAGGGGACCCGGAUGGAAGACCAGCGAUCGACUCUUCCCCCUGGCCUCGCUGCGACAAGUUGUUUGCCUUCCCCAGCCAGAGUAUGAAUCCGUCUGAACCCUUCUCUGAAUAGCUGUGAUUCU